AGCAACAAGUAACGUGUUGUGGUGCAUGAUUGAUAAGAAACGAGAAGAAAUCUAUUGGAAAAAUAGACAGAGUCAUUACGACUAAUUUUCUAUGUGAACCUUAUCGAGAGACCCUUGAUUCAUCAAGCCCUUGAGUGUCUCUCCUUCCCUCUCUUCAAAGUGAGUGUCCCGGAGCUUUGCAUCUUCGGCCUUGCAACCCGUUCUACUUGGAGAAAUGGAGUCGAUAUUGAACAUGUGGCACCCAUCUUGGGCCGAAGUCCCUUGGAAAGCAUUUAAUGACCCCAGGGAGCGAUUUCAGGUCAUGCCAACCUUUGUAAUGGGCGAGUUCGUCUUCAUAUUUCUUUCCAUUAUCCUCUUUUUCCACGCCUUAGCUCAAGGUCGACUUCAUCUAAUGGUUUGGGCGGGAUCUUUCAUAACGGGUGUGGCCAAUGAUGCCAUAUUUAUGAUGCUUCCGCUGGUGGACAACUUUUGGCAGGCCCAGGCUUGUGUGAAUUUGACGCCGAGAAUGCCGCUCUACAUCCCUUGCGCCUAUAACGUGUUCAUGUACACUUCUACGAUGUCAGUUUGGCGCCUGAAAUUGCCACUCUUGGCUGAAGCCGCACUCACCGGAAUCAUGGGCGAAAUGAUCUACGCACCCUAUGACAUCACAGGGGCCAAGUUCAUUUGGUGGACGUGGCACUCAAGCGAUGCCAGUGUUCGAAACCGAAACUUGGGAGCUCCCGUUGGCAGCACGGUGUGGGUGAUCACUUUCACUGCUUCUUUCCAGUUGUUGCUUCGUCUACUUGUGCUCAAUCGAGUGGUAAAAAAUAAUGGGCAGAAGCAUAUUGGGAUGUUUAGAAUUGCGAGUACUCUCCUGAUGAAUGCCCUCCUUUGUACGCCUCUCAUGAUGGUCCAAAUGGCUUUCUUACAACUCAUCUCGGGCGAGUCCCAAGGUUUGCCCACCAACCGUAGCUUUGGAACCGUCCUCCUCCUUUAUGGGGCAGUCAUUUCCUUUGGCUUAUGGAACAAGUAUCGCCACUCACAGGCCAAAGGUCAGCGCCAAAGACGCCCACCUUCUCUCCCCGAGCUCGAGGAGUCAGAAAAGAAUGCUCUCGUGCCAAGGCCGGAUAUUGAUGCCGUUCCCAAAGUUGCCAUCACCCUUUAUUUCUUGUUUCUAAGCCUAAUAAUGAUGUUUGGCACUCCGGAGAACCACGUGUCGACUGGGAUCCAUCAAACUCUGGGUCCUUGUGGUGUGGAAGCCGUAGAUUUUGCAGGUCAUUUACGCGAAGAAUAUGUAUGUCUAUCCAACCACAGUGAGGAUUGGAACGCACAAUGUGACGCGGCCAUUCCCGUGGCACCCAACUUUUCAGAAUGGUAUACCAUCUGUGGUGAACCCCAUUCCAACUUUGGACUCUGGUUGGGCGUUCUAAUGGCCUUGGGCGCACUCGGCAUCACAACUUACAAUAUGGUCCUGGGAAAGAGACAUUUUCUAAAGACAGUGCUGGUCUUGGGUGAGCGCAAAAAGGAUGGGAAGGAAACGAAAAAGUUACGCUAAUUAUGUGACUUCAUAUGACUGGAAACAAACUCUCAGUUGUUGUGAAAGCGGACGAGAAAACCAGCUAAAAUUUGGAAAUAAAGCUGCGUUGCAAGAGAA